CGCGCGUAAGAUUCUGGACCUGGGUGAUACGCAGAGAAAUUAUUGUUUUGAUACACCGCGCUCUACAGAGUAAUAUGGAUUGAAAACAUGAAACAAUGAGAAGACACGAAGUUUUAGUUUUUCAAGGAGUUCUCCUGGUUCUCCUCUCCUCCUUCUCAUUCUCCCUCAAGGAGUUUAAUUUCAAUAACGGAGUUCGGAGAACGACCAAGGGUCGAGGUGUGAACGGAGGAAAUGCUUUGUUUGACCCGGAGACAGGAGAGUUUAAACGGAACCGUCCCACCCUUAACAAGGAUAAUGAGGACCUGGAGAUAGUAAACCGAGCUCGUCUCAUGAGUCUCAAGUCCAGGGAAAACCCGGAUACUAAACCCGUCCUGAACAAGGUUCUCAGGAAAAGAAAGAUCAUUAGAAAGCCAGUUUAUAGGAGUUCAGGAGAACACAAAGAAGAGAAGGAGGAGGAGGAUUCAUCCCCGUCGGAGACAAUCAGCUCCGGUUUAAAGAAGAAGAAUGUUGAAUACAAAACUAGCGACUCAUGGCGGAAUUCAAGGAAUCAGAACAGGAACAAAAUUUCCAGAGAACGGAAGGAGAAGGAGGAGAAGGAUGAGAAGGAUGAAGAACUAUCUGAGUCAUCAAGUGCACCGAACCUUCUUCCCCCCUCGGACUAUAUAGGGAUCCGUCCUGCAGGCUACCAAGGGUUGAGAAGGCACCCUGAGAAGGAUACCUGGAACCCUGAUCAAUAUAAACAUUUCGACAAUCCAGAGGAGGUUCUACUUCGCUCAGGAUUUCAUACACAGGAUUUAUCAGAUGAACUUCCGCCCCCCUCCUAUGACUAUACAAUAGGAGACUCGAGAAACUCUAAUUUUCCUCAGCCCUCAAACCGUCCUAAUCUAUAUUCCAAUCAUCAAAUAUUUCCAACACCCUUCCCCUCCUCAUCCCCUAGCUAUCCUACCUACAACUAUCCGGCAGGGUCGGAGUAUACCCCGGAGACAACCUUCAGUCCCUUCCCUGGGAUAUACUUCCCUCCUAAGGACGGAGAGGAGAAGAACCCGUUCUCAUAUGAUUUUACGAUUGGUGGAGGAGAAGGAGGAGUAGAGAGUGAGGAUGUAUCCAACCCAAUUCUCUCAUAUCUAAACAAGGGUCCAGUUUCUCAGGUUGGGAACCCAUAUAAAGGUCCUACAAGAAGUCCGUUCAGAAACUCUCCCUUCGCUCCAACCCAAACCCCGUAUAGAAACUCUCCCAGUUCUCCCUCCUCCCCUACCCAGCUACCCUACCAGAGAACUCCGUCCUAUAAUCAGGUUGAAACUACUGAGAUUAGGUUCCCAAACUUUCCAUCCUUUCCCAAAUCUCCGAGUAAACCUGCUAAUCAAGAAAAGUCCUCUUUGCCUCAAUAUGAUUACGAUGAGUAUGAGGAUACUCCAGGAGAUAAUUACAGUCAGGAAGCAUACAAUCUUUACAAGCGACCGGAGAGAGCAAACCCUUCUCCAACCUUAAACCCAGAUCAAACUGCUAAACAUAACAAACAUCAACAGAAAUAUAAACCAGAGAUUAAAUCUACAACAGACUCAUUCAAUAGUUUCUUUCCUGAGAGCUUUGAUGAUUUCUCUGGGUCCGAAUCUGGGAUUGGAUUCUUCUCAAGUUGGGGAGAUAAAAUCACGGAUGAAAGGAAUCCAAAGAGAGAGAUCAGCACCGAACCACCGAGGAUAAAACUUCCAUCUCCAGUAACAUACACAACAACAACCUCUACUCCAUAUAGAUCACCUAAUUAUCGGUCUCCUGUAAACUCUUACCCUGAGCUCUAUUCAAGAAACCCAACUUCUUCUCCUUCUCCUCCUUCUCUGUUUAGCACAACUCCACCCCAACUUGUCCCAACACAAUUUACCUACUCUACUCCUGGUCCUGCUCUCUAUUCUACUCCAGGUUCACCUUCCCCAUCCUCAUUCUCUGACCAACCUCAAUCCUUCUUCAGGUCCUAUACUCCUGCUUCCUUCAAUACACAACAGCACUUGGAGCUCAAUAAAUAUACUCAAUCCAACCCUUCUCAGGGUUAUAACAGUCCACAACCAACACCAAGAACUUUCCCAGAAUCUCCGGAAUAUUAUGAACAGCGUUUGGUUCAGGAGAAAAAUAAAGUACAAGCCUAUCAGUCCAUUCCACUAUCGUAUCAGCAUACUCCAACCCCCCAGUCUUAUCAACCAACCCCCCAGUCUUAUCGACAAACCCCCCAGUCUUCUCAACCAACCCCUCAAUCUUAUCAACCAACCCCGCAAUCGUAUCAACCUACCCCUAAGUCAUAUCAACCAGCCCCGCAGACCUAUCAAUAUACAACAAUCUCUUCUUUAAACCCUGCUCAGGUUGCCUAUUCUCCGACCGCAAUGCCAAAGAGUUUUGUAAAUCCUUCUCCAGGUUCCUUUUAUAACCAGGAGCUCAGGAAUCAAAAUCCGUUUAUCCAGACAGGAGUGGACUUAAGAGGGUUCUCAGAGAACGAGAUCGGGUUCGAUUUCUCCGGAGUUGAUUCAAACAGGAACCAGAUUAAAAGAAAGGCAGAGGGAUUAGGCCUGCCUAUGAAACCCUACAGUCCAGCUAUCACCUUCCUCGGAGAAAAGCCUGAGCCUUACCCUAAAGAGAACCAGGAGAAAUCUAUUCCUAGAGAGACAGCGGAGAAGCCUAGUGAACCUGAACAUAUUUCAAGAUCUAUAUUGGAUCAAAGAGAGCAGACCGGCAAGAAGCGCCCACUAAAUCAAGGAAAGAGAAGAAAUUUAAACGACAAGGAAAAUAUUGUUCCUACACACAGAAGGACGGAUGGAAGCAGGACGGAUACAAGUGGGAAAGAUACAAGUGAGACGGAUACAAGCAGGACUAACUUGGAUGAAAUAAGGCUGGGAGGAUCUACUCCAGCAAAUCUCCAGGGAGCUCCCCUUAAUCGUAAAUCAACAGUUGGUUCUGAUCCAUACCGUUUCAAUAAUCCUAGAACAAGUAUAGACCAGAACAGUGAACCCCGGCUUGCACAGAAAAACAAUCCGCCUUCGAGACCUUUCUUUCAGGGUUCGGAGCAAAGAAAUCCAGAGUUUGAAUCCUCAGAUCGAUUUCAAAAUCAAAGAAAUUCAGGAUUUGAAUCCUCAGAUCGAUUUCAAAAUCAAAGAAAUUCAGGAUUUGAAUCCUCAGAUCGAUUUCAAGAUCAGAGAAAUCCAGAAUUUGCAUCCACAGACCGUUUUCAGGAUCAGAGAAACCCAAUUCACAAACUCCAAGGAUGGAGUCAGGAGAAAAACUUUCCACCGCAAAGAAAUCCUGUUUUAGCUCCGGGUAGUCAGGGAUCAGAGCAAAGAUUUGCGGAGAAACCCCGGUCCAAUCCCAAUAGUGGAUAUUCAGUCAAUGUUUUUAAUAAGAGUGGAGGACGCAGUUACACCAUAGUUGAUGGAGUUUACGGUCAUCCAUCUCCGAAACAAAAUUUUCUCCGGAGACCAGGACCCGGAGAAAGCAGAUUCCAAUCCCAAGGGGUUGCCCGACCACCCCGAGGACUUCAUCUAGGUAGUGGUAGUGAGCCUAAACAAUCAAAUAAUUGGUCCAAUGAUAAACAUUGGAAAAAUCAACUCCAAGAAUCUAGAGAAAUAUCUGAUUCUCUACCCUUCCUUUUAUAAUAUUAUUAUUCGGAUUAUAAAAUAAUACAGAUAUCAAAUAUCCCAAAAGUACUUUUUCAAAGUUUUUAAAAGAAGAAAAUUUGGGAAGGAGUUGAGU